GUCAUCGCGCCGACGGUCGCGGAGGCGCUGACGGAGAUCGACGAGGCCGUCGCGGGCGGCGCGGACAUCGUCGAGCUCCGCGUCGACUUCAUCCCGACCCUCGACGCGGACGGGAAGGACCUGACCGCGAUGCUCGAGCGGUGCCCGGUGCCGUGCAUCGUGACGUACCGCCCGACGUGGGAGGGCGGGCAGUACGCGGGCGAGGAAGAACCGCGGCUCGCGGCGCUGUGGAAAGCCGUCGAGCUCGGCGCCGCGUACGUGGACUGCGAGCUCCUCGCGGCGGAGCGUUUCUUCGCCGCCGCGCCGCCGGGGAUUAAGGACGCGUCCGCGACGAAGAUCAUCCUGUCGUCGCACGACUACGACGCCGUGCCGUCGUACGACGAGCUCGCGGAGAUCCGCGCGCGAUGCGUCGCCGCGGGCGCGGACGUCGUGAAGAUCGCGGCGAUGGUGAAGGACAUCGUCGACGUGACGCGGCUGCAGACGCUUCUGGAGGACGCCGCGGGGUCGCGACAGGACACGAUCGUCCUCGGCAUGGGCGAGGCUGGGCAGGUUUCGCGCCUCCUGGCGGCGAAGUUCGGGUCGUUCCUCACGUUCGGCGCGCUGCGCGCGGGCGCGGAGUCCGCGCCGGGGCAGCCGACGCUGAGGCAGUUGAGGGACUUGUACCGCGUGCCGACGCAGACGCGGGCGACGAAGGUGAUGGGCGUGAUUGGCAACCCGAUCGCGCAGAGCAAAUCUCCGGCGCUGCAUAACCCGUCGCUCGCCGCCGCGGGCGUGGACGCGUGCUACGUCCCGCUGCUCGUGAACGACAUCGAGGCGUUUUUGAAGAGCGCGACGUUCGGCGGGGACGAUUACGUCGGAUUUUCCGUCACGAUUCCGCACAAGGAAGCCGCGCUUCGGUGUUGCGACGAGGUCGACCCCGUCGCCGCGGAGAUCGGCGCGGUGAACACGCUCGUGAAGCGACCGGACGGGACGUUUAAAGGGUACAACACGGACUACGUCGCCGCGAUCGACGCGAUCGAGGCGGCGAUGAACGCCAAGCGAGGGACGGCGUCGGGGGAGGUUUUACGCGGAAAAACCGUCGUCGUCGUCGGCGCGGGCGGCGCGGGGCGAGGCCUCGCGUUCGGCGCGAAGUUCAAAGGCGCGGACGUGAUCGUCGCGAACCGGUCGCUCGACCGCGCCCAGGCGCUCGCGACCGCGUGCGGCGGCGUCGCGGUGACGCUCGAGGCGCUCGCGAGCGGCGCGGUGAAGGGCGACGUCCUCGCGAACACGACGUCCGUGGGCAUGACGCCGAAGGUCGACGAGACGCCGACGCCUAAAUCGGCGAUCGCCGCGGGCGGGUUCGACGUCGUCUUCGACGCGGUGUACAACCCGCUCGAGACGAAGCUGCUGAGAGACGCGAAGGAGGUCGGGUGCGAGCUGGCGAGCGGGCUGGACAUGUUCGUCGGGCAAGCCGCGUUGCAGUUCGAGCUGUUCACGGGG